UAUGAAUUGAUUUAUGCUUUUUAUGCAUAUUACUAUACAUUGAAUGGACUUUUUUCUUGCAUAUUAAGCAUCCAUAAAUAUUUAUGUUGGAUUAGGAUGCCACCUUUCACCCACUCUGAAGUUGGUAAAGACUCCAUUUCCCCAUCGGCAGUGAUCAGAGUACAUUGCAUGGCGAUUGUGUAAUCCGCUGGUUGUUCCAGUUGGUUAGAAAGUCAGCUUCUUGACUGUGUCAGCAACUCCACUCACAGGAAAGGCAUUCUGAGGUCAGGCAGUAAAGAAUUACAGCUACAAGGAUCCAUAAAGAGAAAGCUGGAAGAUGACAGUUCCCCUGUGUCCUCUGGCAUAAAUGAUAUUAUAUUUUCAAGUGACAACAAACGACUCUGUCUCGACGAUGUUACACUUCCUAUGGGCCAAUCGCAAAGCACCGCCUCAAGUGUACCAUGCUCUGAUCUGCAACAUUCUCCUUUCUCUACCAAUCACAGCACUUCAUCCAUGGGAGUUGGUGGACACCAAGUUUUACUUGAAAAUAACCAUAUGAAUGGAGGAGGCAUGGCUUCCCCAUUCUCUAAUGCGGAUAUGAGUCAGAAAGUGUCAUAUGAAGAAAAGAAUACCAAUCUACAAUCUGUGGACCAAGAACUGCAGGACCUCUUGGAAGAGUUAACCAAAAUGCCUGAUCCAUCUCCAAAUGACUUGGAUCUUGAGAAAAUCUUGGCAGGUAAGCCAGAUGAUCCGCUUGUCAUGACUCAUUCUCAACCAAACUUAAGUACAACUCCCAAGCUCUCCCCAGCACAAUCAUCUCAUUUGGAUAACCAUAUCUCUAGCAAGGAUUUCUCUGGUGCUUGUAGUUCAACAAAUGCAGGUUCUCCUCAAAUCAGACCCUCAUCUGCUGGAACCAGUUAUCCAAUUUCUUCAUCAAGCAAGCCUGCUCAGUCACCUAUUCCUGCAACUCAGAGUAAAAGUCAAUCACAGACUAUGUUACCUGCAUCAAUGGCAAAUAUGCCUGGGACAAACUGGCAUGCGCAACAGCUAAAACAACUGGCUGCUAGUAAACAAGUACCUCCAGGCAAGCAGCAAGUGCCAACACCAAACUGGCCAACAAUAUCACCUACAGGUCUUUCUCCACCAUAUAGACCUGGAUCUUCUCCUCAGCAGCCUUUCAGCCCACAAAAUGUCAUGGUACCUAAUAUGAGCACAGGAAACUUACAGGGAAAUCCUAUACAAAGCUCACAAAAUGCAAUGCUGUCAAGCAUGCCUUCAUCCAGCAACCCAAGCAACAGGCCUUCUCCACCUUACGUGUCAGAAAAGAUUGCAAGUCCAGCUCUUAACCAGCAACCUUUCAGCCCUCAGAACUCAUUGUUGCAGAAUAUUACUACGAGUAACAUCCCUGCAAAUACUAUGAAAAGUCCUCAAAACAAUAUGGUGCCGAAUAUGGCCCCUACCAAUGCUGGACCUUCACCACCCUAUCAACAAGAGAAGCUCUCAAGCCCAGCUUUGCACCAACAGCCAUUUAGUCCCCAAAACACAUUGAUGUCAAGUCUUACCCCUACAGGUAGCCAGUCAAGCCUACAGAAUUCUCUCUUCAAGUCAAUGACCACAAACCAGCCAAAAAAUAUGAACAUGAUUAUGCAACAGCCAUCCAAUGGCUUGCAGUCUGGGAUAGUCAAUGACAAUUCAGGUGGUCACGACCAGUUUUCCUUUACCAACACCAAGCCACUGACUCAUUUUGCGCCUGAUUCUGCUAACCAGAAAAUGAACUUAACAUCAAAUCCCGGAUCAUUAAUUCAUUACCUUCAGCAGCAACAACAGCAGCAGCAGCAACAACAGCAGCAGCAGCAGCAGCAACCCCAUCAACCUGCACCGGGGCAGCAGAGCCAGCAAGUCAGCAACAAUCAGUUUCUCCAACAACAGAUAAGGCAAUUGAUGCAGCCUUCAAGGAUGCAGAGACAAAUGCAGCCCAGUGGUUUGCCUCCUCAGUCUAGACAGGAUCCGAAUGCUGGAAUUGUUCCCAGAAUGCAAGAACCAGGCUCCAUACCAAGUGCAGGCCCUGGGCCUACUCCUCUGACGGCUAAUGGCUACAUACGCAAUGCAAUCUUAAAGGAGCAAAUAAUGAGGCGGCAGCAGCAGGUAAAACCUAGGCAAAAUAUGAUGAGCAUGACCCCUGAACAGCGCAGUGCUUUUGUAGCUCAGCAGAUGAACCAAUUUCAAAAUAUUCCCCAGGCUCUCCGUACAGACUGCGUCCAGCCUAUGCCGACGCCUCCCCAAGGCCAUCGAAUAAUCACAUCGACACAAGGGAUGAUUCAGACAAACAUGGGUGCUGGUAUAACACCAACAACAAUGAAUCAGAAUAGUGGCUCAAUGGUUAUGAUGAAUGCUGGAAAGCAGCAAGGAAUAUUUCCAGCAUCUUCAGAUUUCAGCAUGCCACUAAGACAAAACCAGAAUGCACUAAGUAUGACUCCUGGCUAUCAAACCGUCCAUAGCCAGUCCAAUGUCCGACCUGGAAUGACAUUGACCGGACAUACCGCCAGUUCAUUAAUAAAUCACUCUGCAGCUCAGCAACAUUUACGGCAGUCUAACAUAUCAAGAAUUCCUAAUGUCUACGCCAGCCCUUCUACUCAGAUGUGGACUCAAAGUGGAGUUUCAAGAAUAGCAGGUCAAAGCCAAAUGGAUCCCAGUUUGCAGCAAUUUUCUAACAACCCGCUGUUCACCAAACAAAAUGUUAGACCAAAUAUGGCAAGCCAGCAAUUUCCUCAUCAGGGAGUGGUUCCUCCAAACCAGAUAGCUCCGGGGGUUCAGAUAAGACAAAUGCAAAAACUUGGUCUGUCCCAGACAAGUCAAGGUGUAGGGUCCUUAAACAACCCUAAUAUUGUGAACAGUUUAUCCAGAGGACAGCUAGCAGCCCUUAAUGCUAUGAAAGCAAUGCCUCAAGGUGUUUCCACCUUUAACCAAAUAAACCCUGGUCAACUUGGUGCACCUUCUUAUGGUCCGACAUCAGUCCAAACACCUGAAACUUUUGAUAGGUUAAACUCUGGGGCUGAGAUCCAUCAGUAUGAUUUUGUUGCAACACAGAACAGCUCAGUCCUGUCAGCGAACUGUAAUGAAGCAGACUUUAUUGACUGUCUCAUGAAAGGUGGCGGUGGAAGCAGUAAUGAUGAAGACUGGCUAAACAACUUGACAAUUCUUGAUGAUAUAUUGGGGCAACACAAUCAAAGCUCUGGUCCCGUGUAGCUCCCAGCAAACAGAUGUAUGCGGAAUUCAUCAAAAGGACUUGAAAUCAGUUGUUUAACAAGUGGUUAAUAUCGGCAAUUGUUUUCUGAUACUUGUAAAUAUUUAAAUAUUUUUUAAAUUAUGUUUUUUUUCCAACAAUAAAUAGAAGUAUUGGUACUUCUGUGAGUGACUGUAUAUAACAUUAUAGCAUAAUGUUUUGUUACAUUAUAGAGUUUUCAUUUCUAACACCUUGUUUUAAAUAUGCAAUUAUCAUUAGUUUCAGUAAUACUAUGUAUUACAGUAUGAAAAAUUGUUAUGUUUUUUGACAUAACAAAAUGUAGGGGGUGACUAAAGCAAACUGAAUGCAAUGCAUGCCCACAUAUUAUAAUGUUCUAAUAGUAGUGCAAGUUCAUGAAAAUAUGGCCUAAAAGAUUGCAAAAAUCUACAAAUUGGCAGGAAUUGACUGUUUCAGCAUACACGGUUGCCAACGGACAAGGGUAUUUAAAGGGGACCCCUUCCCUUAUGCCCUAUUAGUGCAAGUUAAGCUAAUAGAGGGAGGCGCUCAUUUGGGACUUGCCUCGAAAAGCUGUAGUUCAGAGCUGGGUCAGAUGGUCAUCAUCCAUUGAGAUCAGUUGAUUUCAAUGGGCUCCAUGUAAUGCUUUUCAUCAGGGAACCCACGGCAUGAAAUGUGUAUUGUCCCUUUCACUACAUUAACCCAUGGGUAAAACACAGCACCUUCCAAUAUUACCAUUGUAACAACCAAGGGUUUAAAGGUGGUCGGUGAACCCAUUUUAAUCCUACUUUUCUUUGGAAAAAAUAAGGUGCAAAAGUAAAUGUGGCUGUAAAUGUGAUAUCCUAAAUAUAAAAUGGGUCUAAAUGGUAAUUGUAUCUUUAUGAAGAAUAUGACCCAUAUGUGCCAGAAGACAGAUGCAACAUAAAGCCCAUUGGGUUCUGUGAAAAUUUGUAAUAGGGCCUCCCAACGAUCUUGUGCCAUGUAUUGUACUGGUGUCUUCUUAUAUGGCAGAGGGGCUUUAGAGCCCCCUAAGGCACCAGAGCCCAGAUGUCUGCUAUCUCUACACCCCUUGGGCAGACCCUUUAGUUACCUAUUUUAUGAAUAGAUUUUUACCAUGAAAGUGACAUAAUUUACCAAAAUACAGUUGAAUGCACUUACAGUUAAAUAGGAAUUGACCAAAUUCAGCUCAAUGAUCCAUCUGUGUAAAAUGUAUCAAGGAAAACACAUUGUUGGUUUGCAUACCUCUGUAUAUAUUUGUAGUAUAAAAAUGACUGGUUUCUGGGUUUAAGGCUUUUUUCCAGUUAGGUUUUACUGAAGAAAAAAAAAAUGAAAAAAACUGUUUCAACGAAAAAAGCCCAGACAUGGAUUUUGUCAAUUUUGUCUAUGAUGUUUUCUGUCAGCUAAUAUUGUCUGAUGUAUAUUUAAGAGUCUGUUUAUAAAAAAAAAUCCACUGUACUGUAAACCUAUAAAUUUCAUACUUUUUGUGUAAUCAUAUUUUAAUAGUCACACCAUAUUUCUGUAAUACAUUUGUAAUAUAAUGUCUGCAUCAAGCACAGAAUCAAUGAUGUUUUUCUUCAUACCAUAAUAAAGAGCCAGGGAAAUAAAUUGCUUUCUGUAUUUAUCGUUGUAAAUAUC